AUGUCGACAAAGCACGAGAAAGAUAAGCCGUGGGAUACGGAAGACAUUAACAAGUGGGAGAUACCUGCCUUUAAACGAGAAGACAACAUCGGAGGAACGUUCGCAGAAGAGUCAACUUUCACAGUGCUAUUCCCAAAAUAUCGUGAGGUGUAUUUGAAGGAAGCAUGGCCCCUCGUCACCCGAGCCCUCGAGAAACACGGCGUCGCCUGCACUUUGGAUCUGGUGGAGGGAAUGAUGACAGUCAAGACAACUCGUAAAACAUUUGACCCCGCCGCCAUAUUGAAUGCGCGAGACCUCAUCAAGCUGCUCGCUCGAAGCGUGCCCGCGCCCCAAGCGGUCAAGAUCCUCGAGGAUGGUGUUGCGUGCGAUAUCAUAAAGAUUCGCAACCUGGUUGGAAAUAAGGAGAAAUUCGCAAAACGGCGUCAGCGAAUCCUAGGGCCCAACGGUUCCACCUUGAAAGCGCUGGAGCUGCUCACGUCGACAUAUAUUUUGGUUCAUGGCAACACCGUCAGCGUGAUGGGUCCGUUCAAAUCGCUGAAAGAGGUGCGCAGGGUCGUCGAAGACUGCAUGCACAAUAUCCACCCCAUAUACCUGAUAAAAGAACUCAUGGUCAAGAGGGAAUUGGCCAAGGAUCCAGCAUUGGCGAACGAGAACUGGGAUCGGUUCCUGCCCAACUUCAGGAGAAACCUGAGCAAGAGAAGAGUGCCGCACGUAGUCACGGACAAGAGCAAGAAGACAUACACGGCAUUUCCCCCUGCGCCGGAGAAGAGCAAGCUGGAUCUCGAGAUCGAAGAUGGCACGUACUUCAUGGGCAAGCAGGCAAAGGAGCGAGCCGCAAAGACUGAAAGGGAAGAGAAGGCCAGGCAAAGGAAAGAGGACAAGAAGCGGGAGCGAGAGCAAGAGUUUGUCCCACCAGAGGAGCCUGGUUCGAAGCCCAAGAAAAGGAAGAAGAAUAAGGAGACCUCGGUUUGA